AUGCACAAUGGGUACGUCUUUCCGCUCGCCAUCCUUGCGCGACUUGCGGCGGAAGAGCGUGCGGCUAGCACCCUUGACGAACCGGCCUAUCGCCGCAAACGCCUGUUCGGCAGGGUCUAUCCCGAGGUCGUCCGGCUCGAUUUCCUCUGCAGGGCUGGCCAAGUCGUGGUCCCACACAGGGGCAGGAGGCGGAGGUUCAAGGGCCUGGAGGGCCUGGAUAUUGGACGGGGUGGCAUGCGGCGGUGGUGGAGAAGACGUGAGCGUGCGGCGACGCCGAGCUGGACGGAGGACUUGCGGCGGCGGGGCUCGAUUGGCGGGAGGGGCGCGAAGGUGACAUUGGUACGCGAAGGGAGAGUGAAUGAGGUGGACGCGCGGAGGAUGGAUGUGUGCUUCUUCGUGGACACAGAAGUCGAGGCAGAGGGAGACGAUUCGACAGAUGCGGGGGUGGCGAGAGAGGACCGGGAGGACUCCGGCGUUUCUGAACUGAUAUCAGAGGGAGAAUCUGCGAGAGCUACCGUGGCCAUUCCGCGGUGCGUGGUAGCACUUGUGCUGGGUUCCUCGGAAAAACAGGACUGGGAAAUGGUGAUUAUGGUCUCCCAAUUCGGGCGCAGACGGUCUAAUACAGUUCAAUCUAUACAUAAAAACCCACCUUUGCCCGCGACCCCCCUCAAAGUGGGCGACUCGAAAACGUUUACGACCUGGGUCCAUGAACCAAAGGAGUCCACCAAUGUCAUUCUGAAUCCAGACCACUGGCCUGGCGUUACAGAAGGCGAUGUCCUGCGGCUAUCGAGCGGUAGCGAAGCUUCGUCUGGCUUCCUCUUCAUCGUACAGAGAGAUGAGGGCCUCAAACGCCAACUGCAGGUGUCGGUGCCCCAAUCUGCCGCCGACCAAUUCCAGCUCAAGAAUAUGAGCGAGGUGACACUCACAAAGAUAGACCAGACGCAGUACUCAGCAGACUACAUUGAACUGACAUUUCAGGACCAGUAUCUGGGUCGCAAUGAGAUGUGGAGACUGGGCUCAGACCUAGUCGGGCAGUGCGUUUACAUAGAACAGGAGAUAUCUUUCAUCGGCGUCAUAACUGCCAAAGUGCACGCAAUUUACAUCAAUGGCAAAAAGGUCCCUGCCGCAUAUGUAUCGCCUGCGACGAAAGCUAUCUACCGCUCCCUCUCUGCCAAGGUCACCAUUUUCAUCCAGGUCUGCCGUGAGCUCUGGGAAUUCGCAGGGGACGGCGAACGCUACAACGAGAAGAUCGUGCAUUCCUUCCUUCCUGCGUUGUUCGCAAAAUGGAGUGCGUCUAACACGAAUCACAUUGUCACCAUCGUGCUUAUCUCGCGGGUCUUCUACGACGAAUCUGAGCUCAAGGACGCCGCUGGUCCGCUCCGCCGGGACGAAGAAGGCCGGUCGUACAAAGACUUCUUCAAGGUGAUAACGGACCUCGAGGUACUAUCAGACUGGAAGCCGACGCUCGUCGACCUCAAGACAUCUUUUUGGGAGUUCCAGCGCGAUAUCCUACUCGCGCACCAUUACCACCGCCCAUCGUCAUCAUCACAAGUGGAGCCAGAGCACGUUCGGCUUGUCGGGCAGCUCUCAUACGCGCACGACGGCCCCCUCCUGGAGGCGCUCAAUCUCGGCUUGCAGCCGACAGAGACACACUACAUCGACCGGUCUCUCUCCUUGACGGGUUCUUCGACGAUCGUGAUCACCCCUGGGACCGGCUACUUCCGUGUGUCAAAGUCGCUCUUACGCCUCACGACUACUCGAGUGCUGGACCAGGGGUUCGGGGUGGGGCUCGUCUCACUCACUAAGCCACCAUUGCACCAGAGUUCGAUUUUCGCGUUCCAGGGCGUCGAGCCUGAUCAGGCGUCAAGACGAUAUUCUGGUGGGAACCGUUCUGGAUGA